AUGUCAAUAUCGUUAAAACAACCGUUAAAGAAACUAGACGUGGAACAAAUAAAACUAGAAAAUCCACUAACAAAAUUAGUCCACAACCAAACAAUAGUAGAAAUUCCUGAGUUAGAAUUAGAAUCUGGUUUGACAAUCAAAAACUUCCCCAUAGCAUACAAGACAUGGGGUUCCCUAAAUGAGAACGCUGAUAAUUGUUUAGUAAUCUGUCAUGCAUUAACUGGCUCUUCAGAUGUCGCAGAUUGGUGGGGUCCCCUUUUGGGUGAUAAUUUGGCAUUCGAUCCAUCAAGAUUCUUCAUCGUUUGUUUGAAUUCUAUGGGAUCUCCAUAUGGGUCCUUCUCUCCAUUAUCAAUAAAUGAAUCCACAGGUGAAAGAUAUGGUCCUGAAUUCCCAUUAUGUACAGUACGUGACGAUGUAAGAGCUCAUAGAAUUGUGUUGGAUUCUCUUGGUGUUAAGUCAAUAGCGUGUGUCAUUGGUGGUUCCAUGGGGGGGAUGUUAGCUUUAGAAUGGACCGCCAUGUACGGUAAAGAGUACGUGAGAAAUUUGGUUGCGUUAGCUACCUCAGCAAGACAUUCUGCAUGGUGUAUAUCAUGGUCUGAAGCUCAAAGACAAAGUAUUUAUUCUGAUCCGAAAUAUAUGGAUGGGUAUUAUUCACUAGAGGAUCCUCCGGUGGCGGGGCUUUCUGCUGCCCGUAUGUCUGCCUUGUUAACUUAUCGUUCAAGAAAUAGUUUUGAAAAUAAGUUUGCAAGAAGAACUCCUUCUAUUCAACAACAACAAAAAUCUUUACAACAACAGCAGCAGCAAUCACAACGCUAUUUUGAUAUUUCUCGUCCAACUUCUACCAUUAAUGAAAAGUCAAUUCAAAUUCACAACGAUGGAUAUGUUCCAAGGUAUGACUCAAAUUGUAGUAGUAAACGUUUGAAUAGUAUAUCCACCACCUCAUCUACAGGAUCUCAAGAAUCAUUACAUUCAGUUUCAUCAGUUACAUCAUUAAGUUCUGUGACGCUCAAUGGUGAAGUAAAAGGUAUUAAUCCAGCUCAAACAUAUUUCUCUGCUCAAAGUUAUUUACGUUAUCAAGGCACCAAAUUCGUUAACAGAUUUGACGCCAACUGUUACAUAGCUAUUACAAGAAAGUUAGAUACACAUGAUUUAGCUCGUGACAGAGUCUCAGAGGAAGCCGGUAAUGAUGGAAUUGAAAAAGUUUUGGAAGAUAUUAAACAACCUUCUUUGAUUAUUGGUAUCAAAUCAGAUGGUUUAUUCACCUAUUCUGAACAAGAAUUUUUGGCUAAGUAUAUUCCUAAUUCUCGUUUAGAAAAGAUUGAAUCUCCUGAAGGUCAUGAUGCAUUCUUAUUAGAGUUCAAACUAAUCAAUGAAUUGAUUGUUGGAUUCUUGAAGAAGAAUUGUAAGGAUAUAAUGCAAAGUGAACCUCGUCGUUGGGGCACUGAUUCAAACAAUAUUAAUGACGGUUUGAAAGAAUCUGUAUUUGGUGAAGCUGAAGAAGUUACAAACUGGUAG